UGUGGGAGCACGCUUGCUACUCUCUCCAGUCCUUUCACUUGGAGCAAUAGAGGUUGUAGUAGUAAGUGGAGCCUGAGCAGGAGUCCUGACUGGAGCCAACGCGCAGCUUUUCAUGUUCAACAAAACACAUGGAAUAAUGUUAGCUUGAAUUAUUUGCUUUUCAGCGCUGGAUAGGGGAACAUUUUUGGACUCUCGUGUGAAGUUAUUUCGAGGUAUUUUUACACCUUACCUUGACAUUAUGAAGAAAUAUCCAUGUUUUAUUCCCGGGAGAGGAUGACGUUUUAUUGAACUACUUGCUAAUUUGUGUUUUGCAUGCUAACUGUUAAGUGGUUUUGCUAGUUUGGAGUUGCACGCGCUCACUUUUUUCGCGGUACUUUUUCAAAAAUUAGCUCAAAAUGAAACGCGUGGGUGUUGCUGUUUUGAUUAUAAUGGCCGCUGCUACCAUAAGAUGCGGAGAUAGCCAAAGUGACUCAACAGGUGAGAGGAGGGAAGGCGCACAAGAAGAUGGGUCACUUUGGGAGCAACAAAAACAACACAAACACCAAUUAAGGACUCAAGGUCACUGGGCGAGGGGGCUAGGAGAGGAGACUGCCCUUUCCCCGGGGCAAGAGGCUGCUGCAGACGCCUCCUCUUCACCUCGGAGCGCCAGACAAGCACCAAGCCAGAGCCAGCUCUCUCCACAGCAGAGAGGCAGAGUGAGCCACAGGCAGAGCACCAGGCAGGGCGCCGCUGGCACCACGAGGAAGCUCAUUGGGCCUAAUGUGUGUGGAGGUCACCAGUGCUGCUCAGGCUGGGCUGUGGCUCCAGGAACCAAUCGCUGCAUCAAACCUGACUGCCAGCCCCCCUGUCAGAACCGUGGCUCUUGCAGCCGGCCUCAUACCUGUGUGUGUCGCUCGGGCUUCCAGGGGCCCCGCUGUGAGGAGGUGACCCCGGAGCAGGUGUACAUUCAUGACAGAGGGGCCCUGAGACGAGUACAACCUGGGACCAAUGCUUUCCACAGGGACCAACCACAAAGACGACCUAGUGACAGACAGGCCGGUGAUAGUACCAGGAGCCAGACCCCACGACCCACCACCACCAAACAGCCCACCCACUCCACAACCCAGGUGAGAAGAGGACCCCCUGACUCGUCCCCACAACAGACUGGGACCUCCCGCACUGUGAAGCGCUACCCAUCAUCCAAUGGUCCCAUUACUUCCAACGCCCUCCCUAACACGUAUGCCUACUCCAACAACUGGAAUGGUCAUAGUCGAAUAUACAGGCCUCCCGCCAAUAGCCCGAUGCAUGGACAGCACAACAAUGCAGUAUUACCAGCAGGGGCCAAUCUCACCUCCAGCCUGGACCGCAUUAAGAUCAUCUUCACCCCCAUGCUCUGCCGGCGGGUCUGCAGUAGUGGACGCUGCUACAACAGCUGUGAGAAGGGAGACACCACCACUGUUUACAGUGAGAAUCCACAGCCACAGCAGCCGCAACAACCCAAGAACCAGGGCUUCAGACUCUUCUUCUGUCAGAUCCCAUGUCAAAAUGGUGGCCGCUGCAUUGGCAGAGAUCACUGCUGGUGUCCGUCUAAUUCAACAGGAAAGUUCUGCCACCUCCCUUCACCUCCUCCUCCACCCAGGCCAAGCCCCCCCAGCACAAAGGAUACCAGCCAGCAUGGGCCCUCACACUCCAUGUACACCUUGCCACUCUCUAACCAACAAGCCUCACUCCACCCCUCUAUAGUAAAUGUCCACAUCCAGCACCCUCCUGAAGCUGAAGUCCAGGUGCACCAAGUGGCACGUGUCCAGCCAGGGCAGAGACCUCCUGUCGCAGAAGGGGCUCACUCAGUACAACAGCGCUCGCAACCUAGCAACGGACAUGAACCCACCAAUGAGCACACAGACAGGCAGCAUCACAACAAUGACCAGACCCCCCACAGGCCACACCCUUACCCCAAUGGCAACGGAGUCGGUAGAUGCUUCCAGGAAACUGUGGAUGGACAAUGUGGUAAGCCUCUGCCAGGCCUUACCAAAAAGGAUGAUUGCUGUGGAAGUGUGGGAGCCUCCUGGGGUCUCAACAAGUGCCAGAAGUGUCCAGCUAAACCAGCAUAUGCAGUGAUUGCCAACGGACAAGUGGAAUGUUCGAAAGGUUAUAAAAGGCUCAAUCUCACACACUGUCAAGACAUAAACGAGUGUACUCUUCCUGGGAUCUGCAAGAAUGCUGACUGUCUUAACACCAAAGGGAGCUACAGGUGCACGUGUAAACCAGGAUUCAUGUUGGACCCGGCUCGAAGCCACUGCAUCUCUGACAAGGCAGUGUCUGACCAGAGGGGGAUGUGCUAUAGAUCGCUGUCAGCCAGGACGUGCUCUCUGCCUCUGUCUCAGCACAUCACAAAACAGAUCUGUUGCUGCAGUCGAGUGGGCAAGGCCUGGGGACAUGCCUGUGAGCGCUGUCCUCUGCCUGGGUCAGACCACUUUAAGGAGAUUUGUCCAGUGGGUCACGGAUACACCUACUCUCGCUCCGAUGUGCAGAUCUCUCUCCGGCAGCUGGACGAUGACGAGCUGCAGAGCACAGGGCUGUCAUGGGAGGAGGAGAGCCCCACUUACCCUCAGCUCCCCUCCUUCGAUCCCUCCCUCCCUCAUUUGCACCCCAGUCACCCGGAUACACCCCAUCGACCGCAGCAUCCUGUGUACCCCCAGACGCCACAUGUACCACGGCAACCGGUCACACCACACCUACCAUACCCUCCCUUCGUGGACAAUAAUACUCCAAGAGAGACUGAUGAUGUGGAAAUUCUGAUCCCGCCAGCUGUUGUGACUGACUCACCACUGAAAUAUCCAGACUCAACAAUCAACCUCCAGAGACCCGAUUCAAAGGAUGCAACCUACUCAGGUCCUUCCUCAGAUGUUGACAAGUGUGCCACCACCCCUAACAUUUGUGGUCAUGGGAGAUGUAUCCCCGUACAGACUGGCUACACCUGUGACUGCAACCCCGGCUUUAAACUCAGUGCUCUGCAGACCAACUGUAUCGAUGUGAAUGAAUGUGAUGAGGACCCAUGUGAGGGAAAAGGCCGCUGCAUCAACAGCUUUGGCUCUUACACCUGCCACUGCUACAGCGGCUACAGUCAGGUGAUCACCCAGAACAGGAAGUACUGUCAAGACAUUAAUGAGUGCAACGUGCCCAAUAAGUGUCAGAAUGGCAAAUGUGUCAACUCUGAAGGAUCUUACACUUGUGAAUGCAACACUGGAUAUGCCAAAUCCUGGAGAGGCCAUUGUGAAGAUGUGGAUGAGUGCAGAGACUCCAGCUCGUGUCCUCACAGUUUAUGUGUCAACACUUUGGGCUCCUUCCUGUGCCAAACAUGUGACCCUGGGUUCAGGCCGCUCCAUGACAGAUGUGUGGAUGUAAACGAGUGCCUGAACCAAACUGCUUGCAGCCAUGGUAGGUGUGUCAACACCGAGGGCUCCUAUAGGUGCAACUGUUUCCAAGGAUACAAACUGUCAUCAGACAACUCCUGCCAAGAUGUGGAUGAGUGUGUGCGUCCAGGAGUAUGUCUCUAUGGACGCUGCUCCAAUCUGGAUGGAAGCUACAAGUGCAGCUGUAACCAUGGUUACAAAGUCACAUCUGACGGCAAAGCCUGUGAAGAUGUCAACGAGUGUGCAGCUGGUAAUGCGUGCCCUGCAGGAAUCUGCCUCAACACAGUGGGAUCCUUCACUUGUCAGAAAUGCAGGCCUGGCUUUGGGCCGUCUGUGGAUGGACUCAGAUGUGAAGAUGUGGAUGAAUGUGCACAGGGAGAUGUGUGUCAUGGUGGGAUUUGUGCAAACACUGAGGGGUCCUACACCUGCACUAGGUGUAAGGCCGGCUAUAGUGUUUCCUCAGACCGCAGGAGAUGUGAAGAUAUCGAUGAGUGCCGGUCUCUAUCAACUUGUGCCAAUGGGAUCUGUCUGAACACGGAGGGUUCUUACACCUGUGAGAACUGCCCCUCAGGCUACACAGUGUCUUAUGAUGGAGAGCUGUGUGAAGAUAUUGAUGAGUGCAGACUCCCGCACACUUGCCCACAGGGCAGAUGUACCAAUACUCAUGGCUCUUUCACCUGUCUAGAGUGUCAGCCUGGGUUCAGAGUCUCUGAUGAUGGUUUACAGUGUGAUGAUGUAGAUGAAUGUUUGGUGGGUAACGUGUGCCCAGGCCAGCAGUGCCUCAAUACUCAAGGAGGAUACACCUGUAGAAGCUGUGGAGUGGGACUACAACUGUCCAGUGAUGGUUACACCUGUGAAGACAUCAAUGAAUGCCUCACCCCAGGAGUCUGCCCCAUGGGUGUUUGUACCAAUACAGAGGGCUCGUUCUCUUGCAUGACCUGUGACCCUGGCUACACUGCAGCACCCAAUGGAGUUUCAUGUGAAGAUCUGAAUGAAUGUGAUGACCCUCAAAAGUGCAGUGGGGGUCUCUGCACCAACACCAUUGGCUCCUUCAGCUGCUCCUGUCCCAGUGGCUCCGAGUUGGUGUACGGGACAUCAUGCCAGGAUAUCGAUGAGUGUUCGCGGGUUGUUGGGCUGUGCGGAGAGGGGCGCUGUCAGAACACACCCGGGUCCUACGUCUGCCUGUGUCCUGAUGGAUAUACCACCGAGGAAGGCAGAAGCGGCUGCCAGGAUGUGGAUGAGUGCAGUAAGGACGUGUGCAUGCGGGGCCAGUGCGUCAAUAGCGCUGGUUCCUAUAUUUGUCUGUGCAAAGCGGGAUUCAAGUUCAACUCCGAGACAGCUGAUUGUGAAGAUCAGAAUGAGUGCACAGAUUUCGGAAGUUCCCCUUGUGGUGCUUGGCGCUGUGAGAACACAAUAGGCUCUUAUCGGUGCUUCCAGGGCUGCCAGCCUGGUGUGAACAGAGAUGACGCCAUAGACUGUGAUAUCGACGAGUGCCUCAAUGAAACCAUCUGUGGGAACAACGGCAUGUGCGAGAACACGGACGGCUCGUUCCGCUGCCAGUGCGACCAAGGCUACACCAACCCCCCAGGAGACAUGACCAGAUGUGUGGACGUGAACGAGUGUGAGAUGAGCGAGGCGCGGUGUGGGGAGGCCCUCUGUGAGAACCACGACGGCAGCUUCCUGUGCUUCUGCCCCAGCGCCAAUGAGGAAUUUGAUCCCAUAAGCAGCCAGUGCCGCCCUGUCGAUGAUAUAGUGGCCAAACCUCCUCUUCUUCCUUCUGUUUCUACGUCUGAAGAAAGGAAGGAGUGCUACUACAAUCUGAACGAUGCCAACUUCUGCGAUAACGUCUUGUCCCGAAACGUGACCAAACAGGAGUGCUGCUGCACCGUGGGAGCAGGCUGGGGGGACAACUGUGAGAUCCACGCCUGCCCGGUCCUAGGGAGAGAUGACUAUAACCAGCUGUGCCCUCAUGGCAGUGGACUAUUAUCUGUGUCAGUUUCGAAGGUACAAGCUCUGGGAGACCGGCGCCCCUAUAUAGAUGCCAACGAAUGUGAAAUGUUUGGACCAGACAUCUGUAAGAACGGACAGUGCUCCAAUCUGUUUUCAACCUAUACCUGCUACUGUCGAUCUGGCUUUUACUACGACAACAUCCGCCUAGAGUGUGUGGAUUAUGAUGAGUGCGAGCUGGGUAAUAUGUGUGUGGACGGAGUAUGUGUCAACACUGCCGGCUCUUUCAACUGUUUUUGUAGUCCUCCAUUAGUGCUCGACAGCACGCGGCGCCGCUGUAUUAGCCUCAACACCACAGAAAUCGCAGAGCCUGACCACGACGUGCACAUGGACAUCUGCUGGCAGCGUUUGGAAGGUGAUAACAUGUGCUCCGAGCCGCUGCAAGGGCAGAGAACCACGUACACUGAGUGCUGCUGUCUGUUCGGGGUGGCCUGGAGUGGGCAAUGUGCCUUCUGCCCCAGGAAAGACUCUGAGGACUAUGCCAUAAUGUGCAACUUGCCACGGAGAGGAGGCAGCGACAGUCUGAGAGAGCGCCCUGGUUAUGAAUACGGGGUAGAGGGACCAGAUGACGAGACUGAGCCUUUUGUACCACCAUACUGGGACAACUACGGAAACCCGGCAGGUCCCUAUGAAGUUCCUGAUAGUGUUCCUCUCUUCAAUGACAAUGACUACAGCGUCAGACAGCCUCCCGUCAGGGUUCCAGUUCACCGACCCAGAGAGCAACCACCAAGACCAGUGGACUUUACUGAGCGGUAUGAAGGUUUUGAAGGACUACGAGCAGAAGAAUGUGGAGUUUUAAACGGCUGUGAAAAUGGCCGCUGUGUCCGGGUGAGGGAAGGAUACACCUGCGACUGCUUUGAUGGCUAUGAACUUAACUUGAACAAGAUGGCAUGUAUUGACAUAAAUGAGUGCGAGGACAUCAGCGACAAGGUUCCUCUGUGUCAGAAUGGACUGUGCUCCAACACUGAGGGCUCGUACAAGUGCACCUGUCUGCCUGGCUUCGUGGCAUCUGCCCAGCCGCACAAAUGUAUCCCCGCCAUCCCCGAGAGACCCACAGCCACAGACAAGAGGAAAGACGGUGACUGAGGAGGGCCUUCUGCUGCUCUAUAGACUAUACAGCACUCAACUACAGCAAUGCAGAGACAUCCCUAAACCCACCCCCCACCCCGCCCGUUCAUAGUACUCACAUGAAUUACACGCUGGUUAACCUAAACUGAACACUGAAGGCUUCACGUGGGAUAGGCUUCAUUACUUUUCUAUUGCCUUAAAGGGAUUCUGUGGACUGUUUUCUACAACUCUAUGUCACCAUAUUGACAGUGUUUCCUGUUUCUUAACUGCUUAUUUAUUAUUUUGUUCUGACGGGCCUCUGCAAACCAAGUAGAUUUCAGAUGGCAUACGUUACUCCUCUUGUCUGACCACAACAUUUCAAAUGUAUUGUAUGUCUGUACCAGAUUGAGGUAAAGGAAGAUCCCAGCCAAUAUAACUUCAGAGUGAUUAUAAAUACAUUAUAAUAUUUAUAAAGUUAAUGAUUUAAGUUGAUACAAGGGCCAAUAAAAUGUAAACUGAUGCCACAGUUGCCUAUAAGACAAAUGCACAUCUAGACAAUGAACACAGAACACUUCCUUUCAUGAUGUGUGACUAAAAGAUUGUAAAUGUAUAAUUGUCUAAAUUAUGUUUUUGUGACUCAAGGCAAAGUGAGUACUCGUCUGCUCCAUGUAUUUAUCUUUUUACCAGUUUUUUUCUAUAAAGAAUUCAAUCCUCACCGUAUUCCCAUGUUUCCAUGCACUUGUUUCAGUUUUCACUGCAGUAAAACACAUUUGGAUCACCAACCCAUUUCUUUAUGUGCAUUUCUAAUCACAGAAAAAGGUUUGAUAAUUUGUGUACAGUUCUAGCACAAUGUAUUAUUUUUGUUACAUAUUCUGCAUUAUAGUUCAAUCAGUAUUUUGUUAUAACACAUAACAUAUGUAGAUGUAUACAUGUUUGUACAAAUGUAUCUUUAGUGUGAGGGGAGUGGCUGACACUGUACCAGAAGAUGUAUCCUGCCCUGUGGAGCAGACAAUGAAAUAUAUUUUUGGAAGUGACAGCACUGUUUGACAAACUUUUGCCUUUGGAAAGACUUUGAAAUGCAAGCACAUGUGUGCAGCACAACGUUGGGAUUAAUGAUUAGUGUUUGAGCAUUUCUACUCCAUCAUGAAUGUAUCUGUCACCCAUGAUCUGUUUAGAUUUGGGUUUUUCAUACUCAAGUGUAACAUCCUGGGAUACCUUUGGACAUUACACCAGCAGAUUAACAUACAUAUAUUAUAUAAGCAGUUUCUUAUAAAAACUCAUUAACAUCAUCACGUUUUUCUGUAAGUCUCAUUUUAGUGGUAAAUCUAUGGUCAUUGAAAAUAUGCUCUUUAAUUUUGGUUACCUUUUGACUGUCAUGUUUUUUCAGUCAUCAAAAUAAAAAAGAUAUACAUAAA